CCGGAAGUGUGUCCGUCCCUUCAGUAACAUGUUCCUGUUGUACUUGUCAUUCAGACAUCCCAGGAAUUCAACACGACUAGUGCCAGACACCUCGGCAUUACAGGGACAUUUCAAGUAAAAAACCACGUCAUUGACGCCGUGAAAGGUCGAGGUUAUAUCGCUGGUUGUCCGAAUAGAAACAGCAGCGCCUACAGACACCGCAUGCAGAUGUGAAGUCAGACAUUGGAGACCUCUGCAUCCCUGGACUGAGUAGCAUCCUCUUCAUCCCCUUCGUCGUCAACAUACAUGCUCUUACAUGAAGAGAGGGGAGAAACCCGAGGGAUACCGACAGAUGAGACCCAAAACGUUUCCCACCAGCAACUACAGCGGCAACAGCCAACACAUGCUGCAGGAAAUACGGAACAGCCUGCGCAAUCUGUCCAAACCCUCCGACCCACCUAAGGUGGACAUCGGAGGAGCUGGGAAAAUGCCUCCCGAGGACUCGAGGCAACAGGGGCGCUGCAUCAACGGCAAAAACCCCUACCACAAGGCCUUACAAGAGAUCCGCAAAUCCCUGCUGCCUUUUGCCAAUGAGACCAGCACGUCAGGCCCAGAGGUGAACCAACACAUGUCGGUGGAGCUCCCCUGUGCUGGGUUUGAGGAGCAGAAUAACAGUCGCAGUAUGGGGGCAGUUAUAGACUACAUGGGUAAGGUGAGCUACCAGGACUCAGGGUGGGAACAUAUGGUGGUUGCCAACCCCAACACUACAGGUCUGAAAGCACCAGGAUCUUCUCACAUCCAGCAUGCUGUGCUGAGGAGGCCGAGCUGGAAAGGCUCGAAGGAGUCUCUGGCGCCUCGACAUGGUCCUCUCAUGGUGGAUGGAAUAAUGUACCGCUCAGACACCCCCGGACCUCCUCCUGCCUUCCCACAGGGCCACCCUGCUAACUGCCAGAGAGUCAAUCCUCCCCUGCCGCCCCAGGUGCGCAGUGUCACACCUCCACCAAACCGCGGUGCCAUGACUCCUGCACCAUCCUGGGACAGCAACCCGUCAACCAAGCGCUACUCUGGCAACAUGGAUUAUCUUUUGCCCCGCAUCUCACCGGUACCCCAGGGGGCCUGGCCUGAAGGGUACCAAUCAUCAGCGCCUCAAAAUCAGCGUGGGAUCAGCCCGGUCCCUGUGGGCCAUCAGCCCAUCAUAAUGCAAAGCUCUGGGGUGAAUAAGUUCACCUUCCCCUCCAGCUGGUCUCAGAAUGGCUCCCCUCAGUCAGAUUACAUGCCAGGGGGCAGUAGACAGCCUCCUCCUCCUCCUUACCCGGUGAACCAGAGCAGCCGGCACAGUCCCACCGACCAGCAGAUGCAGACAGGAGGACCUGCAUCCUCUCCCUCUUACGUCAACGGUGGAAAUAUCCCUCAGUCCAUGAUGGUUCCCAACCGGAACAGUCACAACCUUGACCUGUAUAACAUAGGCCCUCCUCAGUCCUGGUCCCAGGCUCCUCUGAACCCCAACCAGCCCCAGUCUUCUUCUGGCAACCAGGAUCUGUCCCCGUCAUGGCAGCACAACAUACCAGUGCGCUCAAAUUCCUUCAACAACCACCAGCUGAACAGCAGACAGUCCCACCCAUCCAGCUCCCAGCCCUCUGCCACCACAGUCACUGCCAUCACCCAGGCUCCCAUCCUACAGCCAGUCAAAAGCAUGCGUGUCCAGAAACCCGAGUUACACACUGCUGUUGCUCCCACACACCCACCAUGGAUGCAGCAGCCUCCACCGCCUUCAGCUGCACCUGCUUACCCAGAACCCCCAGCCCCUGUGCCUCAGAUCCCUGUUGUUGCAGAAGCCCCCAGCUACCAGGGCCCCCCUCCGCCCUAUCCUAAGCAUCUCCUCCAGCAGCAAGCGGCCCCCUGCCCCCCUGCCUACGACCUAGGGGCCAAUAAACUCGGCACGGGCAGAGAGGAGCCCGCCGAAGAGGAGAGCAGCAGCGUUGACAGCUCCCGAGACAAGACGGCAGAGAGCACUGCAGCAACAGAGAAAGAGAAGAAGCAAAUCACGACCUCGCCUGUUCCUGUCCGCCGCAACAAGAAAGACGAAGAGCCGAGAGGGGAGUCCGGAAGAAUCGCACUUUACUCCCCCCAGGCCUUCAAGUUCUUCAUGGAGCAACAUGUGGAGAAUAUCCUAAAGAACCAUCAGCAGAGGAUUCGGAGGAGGAAGCAGCUGGAAAGUGAGAUGCAAAGGGUGGGUUUGUCUUCAGAAGCUCAGGAGCAGAUGCGUAUGAUGCUAUCCCAGAAAGAGUCAAACUACAUCAGGCUAAAGCGAGCCAAGAUGGAUAAGUCCAUGUUCAAAAGAAUCAAGACCCUCGGUAUCGGAGCCUUCGGUGAGGUAUGCUUGGCAAGAAAAGAGGACACGGGAGCGCUGUACGCCAUGAAAACGCUCCGCAAGAAGGACGUGCUGCUCAGAAACCAGGUGGCCCACGUCAAGGCCGAGAGGGACAUCCUGGCUGAGGCCGACAACGAGUGGGUGGUGCGUCUCUACUACUCUUUCCAAGACCGAGACAACCUGUACUUUGUCAUGGAGUACAUUCCCGGAGGGGACAUGAUGAGUCUUCUCAUCCGGCUCGGCAUCUUCAAAGAAGAGCUGGCCCAGUUCUACAUCGCAGAGCUCACCUGUGCUGUGGAGAGCGUCCACAAGAUGGGCUUCAUCCACCGAGACAUCAAGCCUGACAACAUCCUCAUCGACCGAGAUGGACACAUUAAACUGACCGACUUCGGCCUUUGCACCGGCUUCCGCUGGACGCAUGACUCCAAGUAUUACCAGAGUGGUGACCAUGUGAGGCAGGACAGCAUGGACUUCAGUAAGGAAUGGGAAGACCCGACCAACUGCCGCUGUACAGACCGUCUGAAGCCUCUGGAGAGGAGAAAGGCCCGACAGCACCAGCGCUGUUUGGCGCAUUCACUGGUUGGGACGCCGAACUACAUAGCGCCAGAAGUGCUGCUCCGGACAGGAUACACCCAGCUCUGUGAUUGGUGGAGUGUCGGUGUCAUCUUGUAUGAAAUGGUUGUUGGACAGCCUCCAUUCUUGGCGACCACACCCCUGGAGACACAGAUGAAGGUGAUAAACUGGAAGAGCAUGCUGCACAUUCCCCCGCCGGCCAAGCUCAGCGCCGAGGCGUCGGAUCUCAUCGUUAAAUUGUGCCGCAGCCCCGAAGACCGCCUCGGAAAGAACGGCACGGACGAAAUCAAAGCUCAUCCUUUCUUCAACGACAUCGACUUCUCCAGCGACCUGCGGCAGCAGGUGGCGCCAUACAUCCCCACCAUCGCUCACUCCACAGACACCUCCAACUUUGACCCCGUGGACCCGGAGAAAAUGUGGAGCAGCGACAGUGACGGCGAGGACAACCUCAAUGACACCCUCAACGGCUGGUUCCGCAUCGGCAAACACCCCGAACACGCCUUCUACGAAUUCACCUUCCGCCGCUUCUUUGAUGACAACGGCCAUCCCUACAGCUGCCCCAAACCCAUUGAGUACGAGGGCUAUGACGGGGACGAGGCGGACACAGAGGGCCCGGUGCAGGAGGCCGCCAGUAGCUCAGCUACUCAAGGCCGAGACCUGGUCUAUGUGUAGCACUCGAGGCUGGCUGAGCUGCUUGUGCAUAUCAAGUUUGUUGAGGGUGUUUGUGUGUGUGUGUGUGUGAGUGUGAGUGUGUACGAGUGUGAGAAGGGUAAUACAAUGGUACAGCGUUUAAAUCCUUGAACAUAGGAAAGUAUGUUUCUAGGAGCAUCACAUAGACUUUUAUCGAAGCUAUUAGUUCACACUACAAACUAAAGGAAUAGUUGGGGACAUUUUGGGAAAACAUGCUUAUUUACUUUCUUGCCAAGUUGGAUCGAUACCACUCAUGUAUGGCUAGUUUGGCCCCGCUUCCAUUCAUAAAGUUAAGCUAACCUAACCAGCUGUUGGCACCAGUUUCAUAUUCACCAUAAAGAAAUGAGAGAGGUAUCAAUUAUCUCACCUAACCCUUCAGCAAGAACGCAAUUAAGUGUGUUUUCCCGUAAUGUUGCCCUCAAUGUUUAAAGGUACACUGUACGAGGUUUGCUGCCUGAGGAACAGAAAGCUGGAGAAAAUCAAAUCAGGGUGCUCUUUUUGACGACUUAUCGCGAACUCCACUUUAAGCCUUAAUUUAUUUAAGAAAAUUGUAACUGGUGAUGCUAGUGUAGAUGCUGUUUGAGAGUGGGAUUUUUGUGUUGUUGUUGAAAUUACAUUUAGCAGUUAAACUUGUCUUAAUUUAUAUUUUAAUGUUUAUUGCAAUGGGGAUUUAGUUUUGUCUUAUAGAAAUGUGCAGGGAUAAAUCGCUCUAAUUAUUCAUUGCUGUGCCUUUUUUUUGAUUCCAUUUUUUUGUUAUCUUUCACCAAAUAUAAAGAGGGUUAAUAAUCAGACUUGCAUUUUUAAAAUUAGAGUAACAGCACCUGAUUGAACUACAGUAGUUUUUUUUGUUUUAUUUUUCUAAUUUAUACUUAAAAUGUAUUUAUAAAUUAUGUUGCAUACAGUUGUUGUAAAUACUUUUCCUGCCCUGUCAGCUGAUUUCUUUUUUUUUUUUUUUUUUUU